AUGCUGAUCCUGAGCUGCUCCUCCAAGCUGCGGCUACUGGAGGGGACCCUAUGGAGGGUCCUGCCCAAUACAUUGCCGGUCUAUGGCGCCGUGAUGACCAUAAACCGAGGGAACCCGGCUGCGCAGGAGGUGCUGGUGGAUUCAUGGCCCAAGUUCAAAGUCGUGCUCACCCGGCCACACAGAGAGGUGGCAUCGGAUGACUCUGAUUUCUACACCAACACAUACACAGUGUACUACCGGGACCUAGGCGCCUACCGGACCUUGCUGGGCAGUGCCGUCAACUGGGGCCAGACCUUCCGUAUCCAUGGGCUCCAGGAUGGAGUGUACGAAGUCUCUAAGGACAUCGCCGAGGCUAAGGGGAUCAAGCUGGAUGUGUUCCGCUAUUUCACCUAUUUUCACCCAGAUCCCAGCUCCAUGCCUGAGAUCCGGCUGGACCCGGCUGUGAGGCUCUCAUCCCUGGAUGUCUCCCACGCCGAUCUGCUGAAUGAAACGUGGGUCUUUGGGGGGAACGAGAAAAGCAGGAAGUACCUGGCCAGCCUGAUCCGCCAUUUCCCCAGUGUCUGCCUGCUGGAUGCUGCUGGCCACCCAGUCAGCUGGACCGCUUCAGACCUGUUUGGUGCCAUGGGGCCUGCCUACACUCUGCCCCAGCACCGGGGGCGCGGCUACAUGGGGAUGCUGAAUAAUUUGAUGGCCAAGAGGUUGCAUGCACUAGGCUAUCCCAGCUAUGGCAAUGUGGCCGUGGAGAACUACCGCAUGCAGAGAUUGCAGGAGAGGCAGGGCUUCCAAUGCCUGCCCAGCCUGUGCCACUUCAUUCUUCACAACCCAGCACUGGAGAAAGCCCCGACGUUAACCCCCAGCCCAGCACCAGGCACAGCCCCCAAGUGA